GGUGCCAUGAAGCUACUGAACUCCUGGAUCUCUUUCUGGCUAUCUCUCUUCAUCACCCUUUGGCUGCUGGUUAUCCUGACUGUCUCCACCUUAUUAUUCCUGGACAGCCAGUUCCCCAUCCAGGGAUGGAGGAACCCAUCUCUAAAUGACUCAGGGCAGAGUCCAUCUGCCUCCUACACAGAGAAGGGCAUAUGGACCAUAAACUCCCUUGGGCACCUGGGGAACCAGAUGGGGGAAUACGCCACCCUCCACGCCCUGGCCAAGAUGAACGGGCGCCAGGCCUAUAUCCUCCCAGACAUGCACCGGCAGCUGGCACCGCUCUUCCGCAUCAGCCUGCCUGUGAUCUCCAGAUUCAGGGCUUGGGAGAUCCCGUGGAAGGACUAUGAGCUCCACGACUGGAUGUCGGAGGAGUACAGGCACAUUGAGGGGAAAUACGUCUGGCUCACAGGCUACCCCUGCUCCUGGACCUUCUACCACCACCUCCGGCAGGAGAUCCUCCAGGAAUUCACCUUCCAUGACCACAUCAAGGAGGAGGCCAACCGGUACCUGACCAGGCUGCGUGGGCAGCGCCGUAACGUGACCUAUCUGGGUGUCCAUGUCCGGAGAGGGGACUACGUCCAGGUGAUGACCAAGCGCUGGAAGAGGGUGGUGGCAGACAAGGCCUACCUGGAGAAGGCCAUGGGCUACUUCCGGGCCAAGUACCAGGAGCCGGUCUUCGUGGUGACCAGCAACGGGAUGGAGUGGUGCCGGGAGAACAUCGACACCUCACGGGGAGACGUGUAUUUCUUGGGGGACGGGAAGGAGUCCUCGCCGGGGAGGGAUUUUGCUCUCUUGGCUCAUUGCAACCACACGAUCAUGACCAUCGGGACCUUUGGCUUCUGGGCUGCCUACCUGGCUGGGGGGGAGACCAUCUACUUGGCCAACUACACCUUCCCCGACUCCCUCUUCCUCAAGAUCUUCCAGCCCUGGGCCGCCUUCCUGCCCGAGUGGAUCGGGAUCGAUGCCGAUCUCUCCCCGCUGUGGAGCGGGAAUUCUGGCUAA